UCGACUUUAUCAAAUCCUUUGCUGAAAUCGGUGUAUACAAAGUGAACCUGAAUACGGUUAUCUACACAUUAAAUAAUAUUUCUUUGUCCACUCAUUAAAAAUUGGAAUUACAUUAGACAUUUUCCAGGCGUCCGGGAACGGGCCCUUAAAACGCGAUACGUUAUAUAAUAAAACAUAAAAGAUUCGAAAGUUUAUUAGUAGAAUUUUUACCAAAUAUGGAAGGAAUGCCAUCAGAGCCCGCACCCUUUCUAUGAUCCGACUCAUGUAUUACACUGAGUACAUUUUGCAAUUCAAAUUGCAGGAAACAUACAUUGUUUUUAACGUUAUUAUUGUUACAACAGUUACUAAUUGAUUUUUUUGGUUGGCUCCAACUAGAAGAACAGAUUUAGGGCCGGUUGUAUAAAUCAAUUUUGAUCUUAGGUUCAACGGAACGCCGAUCAAAAUGUGAACUGCGUUCAUUCGAUAUUCUGUUGUUCAAUGUAAACUGAACUUUAGUUCAGCUGAACUGAGGUUAGUUUAGGUUGGCACUACAAAUAUUUAGUUACUUUUGGUUUAUUUUUUAUUUUUGACAUUUAACAUAACCUAAAAGGAGAGGUUUGUUUUGUUUUUGUUUAUUUUUUUAUAAAAAGUGUAUUUUCUACUUGGUGUGGCUGGUACUACUAAUUAAACUUGAUUUUAUAUACCUAUAGGUAAGUACAAAUUGAUAUUUUUGCAAGCCGUUAAAUACUUUCGAAUUUUAUUGUAGUAGGUAUUGCUUUUAUUUUAUUGGGUACAGUAUUUAGUUUUUGUAUUUAUUAUUUGUAGAUUCUUGUUUGGUGGUGGAAUAUUUUAUAAAUGGAUUCUUGUAAGAAAAGAACUGUUAAUUUCAGUAAAAAGGAGGUUGGCAUAUUAAUGAGCCUUGUACAAAAAUAUAAGGGCACAAUUGAACGUCGAAAGACUGACAAAAUGAACAACGAUUUAAAGCAGAAAGCUUGGGAGCGUCUAUCAAAUGAAUUUAAUAGCAUUUGUGGAGAGCCUUUCAGAGAUGCAAAAGUUCUUCGUGGCAAGUAUGAAAAUCAAAAAAAAAGGUUAAAACAAAAAUUUGCUGAUGAAAAAACAUACCUACGAGAAACUGGAGGAGGGCCUGUAAUACCUAAAAUAAUUUAAAAGUUAAAAAAAUUAUAGGUACUCAGAUGACAGGCUUUGAUUCAGAAUUUGAUGGAGAUAGUAAAUAUGGCAACAUGCAGAUGGAAACUCCUGAGGGAUCUCGUUUUAAUAUUUCUGAUUCAGAGUUACCUAAUGAAGACAUAAAGCAAAUGGAGGAAGAUGGCAAAGAUUCUAAUGAGGAAUAUAGUUUAUUGUCAGCUGCUUUACCUACCAACUGGAACAAAAUAACUUCAGAAAAGCUUCGCACUCCGAAAUCGAAGCCAUUGAAAACCAUUAUGAAGAAGGCUCGUGCUAAUAAGGAAAAUAAAAAUGUUCUGUCAAAUAAAAAUAUUUCUUGGGCUGCAAAUAAAGCUGAAUUAGUCUCCAAGGAGACACAAUACCUUGAAAAAGAACAUCUUUUGAGAGUAGAAAUGAUGAUAAAGGAACGCCACAAACAUCAAAUGGCACUAGAAACAAAGGAGAGUGAUGAAAGAAUUCUUAUUCAAGCUAAGAAAGCUGAACUAGAGCUGGAGAUCCUUCAACUGAAAGAAGAUUAGCUGCUAUCUGCUAAUAAUGAAUGAUGUCUGUUUUUAAAAUU